CUCACUGACUCCAAUAAUUGUGACGUACAAUCUGCGUGCGCUUCGUUCAGCCAUCUUGUACACCACAUGACCUCGUUGUCGUGUCCCGUGACCAGCUCACGUGAAUUUUGACAAAUUCAAACGUUUUUUGGUGGCAAAAAAUGGAUAUUUUGGAGCAGCAUCUUGACCCACAAGAUGUCAGCGGAUCGGCGAUCAAGGAUGACGAAAAUGGCCUAGUGCUCGAAGAGGCAGAAUUUGUUGAUUGCGACGGCGAAGGUGAAGCUGUGGGAGAGGAUGGAAUACGCUAUCAAGAAGCGCUAGCUUACAGAGUAGUACAAGUCAAUGGUGGAAAUACUGGAAAUGAAAUUGAGCUUCCUGUAACACAGUCGGCAAACAAUACUGUGCAGGUUUUAACUUCUCCUUUGAAUGGACAGUUCUAUGUCAUUGGAAAUGCCAAUGAAGUCUUUACCACAGCUCAAACAUCCAGAUCACUUGCACCUAGAGCUACUGUUCAAAUUGAAACACCGCGUAAUGUUACAACCGGACUCAAAAAGAGGGAUGAUAGACGGAGAGCGACGCACAAUGAAGUUGAACGCCGACGUCGAGAUAAGAUUAAUAACUGGAUUGCAAAGCUCGGUAAAAUUAUCCCAGAGUGUAACAACACCGCAAAUGGAAAUGCCAAUGUAAGUGGAGAUGGAAAAGCAAACUACGAAACGCAGAGUAAAGGUGGAAUUUUGGCAAAAGCCUGUGAAUACAUAAGCGAGUUACGAGCGGCUAACCAAGGCUUGGGGCAGUGUUUACGUGACAAUGAAAAAUUGCGACAUGAAAUAAAUGCCUUAAAGCAAUUAGUGACACAGUUAAAGCGUGAGAAUGCUCAAUUGAGAUCACAGAUCACUUCUCCUACUACUGGUUCUGACGUUAUUCAUCUCAGUCCUUAAUUGAUUUGUAUAAAAUCAUUUUUUUUCUGUACAUAGAUAUUGUUAAGGCAUUGCUUAACGUAGAUACUAGAGGAUUUGUUUAUAGAAGUAUCGUUGUGAAUGCAGCCCUUUUUAAAAUGCUCACCUCGGUAUCUUGUCUAUCGUGAACAUUGGCAGAGGGGGGAAUCAAAGUGGAAAUUGGUGCUUGAAAAAUAUGCUGCUCUUCAUUCAGUUUGUUAUUUUUGAGAUGAAUGAGAGUCAGAUUCUCUGGUUAUUUAUGUUAAGCUGGUAGGCCACUUCGGCUCGUUUGAUACGGUCGAAAUAUGUGAAAAGUGUUGAUUAUAGAUUUUAUAGUUCUCCUGAAUAUAUUUCAAUUCUUCGCCCCCGGCGGUGCAUCACUACGUGUACAUUCUGAUCUAUAAGACUUUUGGAACCACCCGUGCAGAACCGUGAUUACUAACAGUUACUAAUUUAUUACAUAGUCUGUAAUGUUUCUACGCAAAAUCAGCUACAUGAUGAGCAAGCGGAUUGUAAAUAAAGGCUGUAAAAAUCAAUGCCUGUUUUCGAUAUUACAUAGAAUAUCAGUUCAACAACUUCUUUAUGCUAAUUCCAUGAAAAUUAGCAGAAGGGAUGGUACCAUCGAUGGUUUUCCGAACCAAAACACAUACCUGUGUCCUCAGUUUCAGUCACAGUAGCAAUAAUAACAAAUACAAAACUAUGUCAAUACUGUUUAUACUUAAUACUUUUUUACGAACAACAACUUAACAACGAUAAGUUCUGGUACGCCAUAGGCGUAUUUUCAAAAAGACCGUAACUGGGGAAGCGGUUGUGUAAACCAACGUCAUGUAAAGCAAUAUUUUUUUGAUUAAAUUCCGCGGAAAAACUCAUAAUACGAAUGUAACCUGUAAUAAGUGAUUGUAAUAUACUGUUAAUUGUAUAUAUAGCGGGGUUAUUGUUAUAUGAUUAUUAUAAUGAAUAUAAAAAUAAGACUACAAAUAAAGUGAAUGAAAAUUUGUCAAUUA